GCGUCGUGACUGCGCCCGCCCCGCCGCGCCGGGAGGCGCCCCUGGCGACCGUCGCGAACGCCACACCCUCGGCUCGGCCCUGGCCCCGCCCCCGCCCGGCGCGCGUUCGCGGCCAGGGGAGGCGUGUGCUGCUCCCGCAGCCAGCGAGAGCCAGAGAGGGAUGGAUGUUGGAGGAGGAAUUCGGGCUUAACAAGUGAUCGCUGCUGUCUAGGAUUUUGUUUCUUUUCGGAGGAACCUUGACUUCCUUUCCCAGGCAAUCCCUCCUGUGCUGAACUCCAGAGGAACCAGGAGUCUUGGGGUCUUCUCUGGGGCAGCCCCGACCCCCACCCCCAGACUCCAGCCGCGAGAACCCUGUGCACCCCCCGGGCCAGGCAACAGAACUUGUUCCGUGGAUAUUUGGAGCCUCCACCUGCCAAACCCGAGUGAUUCCUUUUACCACCCCCCUCACCCAAGAUCAUUCUUCCCCUCCUCCAGCUGUUGCAGCUUGAGGGGGAAAAACAAGCCAGCCAGUGGAUUUUCUUUAUUUUUAUUUUUCGCCCCGCCGGGGAACGGUGAAGUGCUUCUUCUGCAUGAUUUUGGCUGAAGAAUGCUCUGCAUUUCCUUGAUUUCUAUGGAGACCUCAGAGCUGGUUUUGCUUCUGCUGACACCUCAUCUAGCACCUUCUCUACCUCCCAGGGUCUUUGCCUCUAUCUAUGGUUUGGCAUCGUACCUGGGUCCAGGAAGCCUUUGAUGAACUUAAAAGGAGAGCCUGCAGAAUCGUCCUGAUAGACUUUGAGUAGAAAUGGCUGGACAUACUUCCAACCACAUCUUAACAUGGUUCGAGCCAUCACUAGAAGGCAAGUGCUAACAGUAAAGGCUUAUUUGCAUUUUAUUUAAAUUUAAUGGACUGAGCAUUGGCCAAUUUCCAUGGCAGAAAAAUGUAUUUCAUUUUCUAGGCACAACUUCUGGCUGUCAGACACUUGCUGCCUUUGAAUCUUGCAGCAUCAUCACUAACCACAUCCCAGACAUAUUUCCAAAUCUCAACAUCUACCCCCAAAACAUAGGUGUCUGAGACACUCUAGCAUUUUCGGACUCCUUAGUCUUGAGAGUGCUAGGCUAUUUAUCUCGACCAGCCAAGCUCUGGAGAGCAAUGUUGAAUCCCUGAGAAGAGGGAGCAUGGGGCGUGCUGAUUUAAAAACAGAAAAUGCAAAGUUGGACUGAAAAUAUCCUUAGUCUUCCAAGCAAUCUGCUUAAGGGUUCCAAACUUACCUUAAUUUGGUGAGAAAAGAAGCUGCCCUAUUUUUCUUUCUUCUUCUUCUACAACUGGAACCAGCCAUUUCCGAAAACCACCACCAUGGAGGUUGCAAUGGUGAGUGCCGAGAGCUCAGGGUGCAACAGUCACAUGCCUUAUGGUUAUGCUGCCCAGGCCAGGGCCCGGGAGCGGGAGAGGCUUGCUCACUCCAGGGCAGCUGCAGCAGCUGCUGUUGCAGCGGCCACAGCUGCUGUUGAAGGUAGCGGGGGUUCUGGUGGCUCCCACCACCACCACCAGUCACGUGGGGCCUGCACCUCCCAUGACCCUCAGAGCAGCCGGGGUAGCCGGAGGAGGAGGCGACAGCGGCUUGAGAAGAAGAAAGCCCACCACCGGCAGAGCAGCUUCUCUCAUUGCUCUGACCUGAUGCCCAGUGGUUCUGAGGAGAAGAUCCUGAGGGAGCUGAGUGAGGAGGAGGAAGACGAGGAGGAGGAGGAGGAGGAAGAAGAGGAGGGAAGGUUUUACUAUAGUGAAGAUGACCAUGGGGAUGAGUGUUCCUACACGGACCUGCUGCCUCAGGAUGAGGGCGGUGGUGGCUACAGUUCAGUCCGCUACAGUGACUGUUGUGAACGGGUGGUGAUAAAUGUGUCAGGCCUACGCUUUGAGACCCAGAUGAAAACUCUGGCCCAGUUUCCAGAGACUUUGUUGGGAGACCCUGAAAAGAGGACUCAGUACUUUGACCCUUUGCGCAAUGAGUAUUUUUUUGACAGGAACCGCCCCAGCUUUGAUGCCAUCUUAUAUUAUUACCAAUCAGGAGGCCGUCUGAAGAGGCCAGUCAAUGUCCCCUUUGAUAUCUUCACUGAGGAGGUGAAGUUCUAUCAAUUGGGGGAGGAGGCCCUGUUGAAGUUUCGGGAGGACGAGGGCUUUGUGAGAGAGGAGGAGGACAGGGCCCUCCCUGAGAAUGAAUUUAAAAAGCAGAUUUGGCUCCUCUUUGAAUAUCCAGAGAGCUCCAGUCCUGCAAGGGGCAUAGCCAUUGUGUCUGUCCUGGUCAUCUUAAUCUCCAUUGUCAUCUUUUGCCUGGAAACCUUGCCUGAGUUUAGGGACGACCGGGAUCUCGUCAUGGCACUGAGUGCUGGUGGGCACGGUGGGUUGUUGAAUGACACUUCAGCACCCCACCCAGAGAACUCAGGGCACACAAUAUUCAAUGACCCCUUCUUCAUCGUGGAAACAGUCUGUAUUGUAUGGUUUUCCUUUGAGUUUGUGGUUCGCUGCUUUGCUUGUCCCAGCCAAGCACUCUUCUUCAAAAACAUCAUGAACAUCAUUGACAUUGUCUCCAUUUUGCCUUACUUCAUCACACUGGGCACUGACCUGGCCCAGCAACAGGGGGGUGGCAAUGGUCAGCAGCAGCAGGCCAUGUCCUUUGCCAUCCUCAGAAUCAUUCGUCUGGUCCGAGUAUUCCGGAUCUUCAAACUCUCCAGGCACUCCAAAGGCCUGCAGAUCCUGGGCCACACCCUCAGAGCCAGCAUGCGGGAACUGGGCCUUCUGAUCUUCUUCCUCUUCAUUGGGGUCAUUCUCUUUUCCAGCGCUGUGUAUUUUGCAGAGGCAGAUGAACCUACUACCCAUUUCCAAAGCAUCCCAGAUGCAUUUUGGUGGGCUGUGGUGACCAUGACAACUGUGGGCUAUGGGGACAUGAAGCCCAUCACUGUGGGGGGCAAGAUUGUCGGGUCCCUGUGUGCCAUUGCGGGUGUAUUAACCAUUGCUUUGCCAGUGCCAGUGAUUGUCUCUAACUUUAACUAUUUCUACCACAGAGAGACUGAAAAUGAGGAACAGACACAGCUAACGCAGAAUGCAGUCAGUUGCCCAUACCUCCCCUCUAAUUUGCUCAAGAAAUUUCGGAGCUCUACUUCUUCUUCCCUGGGGGACAAGUCAGAGUAUCUAGAGAUGGAAGAAGGAGUUAAGGAAUCUCUGUGUGCAAAGGAGGAGAAGUGUCAGGGAAAGGGGGAUGACAGUGAGACAGAUAAAAACAACUGUUCUAAUGCAAAGGCUGUGGAGACUGAUGUGUGAAUCUCUUUCUCCACCUGCCACUGCCCCCCUCUCAGCAUCUCCAAAUAUAUUUAUGCAUAGAGAGUGCAGUUAUGAAAAUGAAAUAUGCAAAUGAUCCAAUGCAUACAGUAGUACACUAUUUAAUGGUUAUACAUGGCAUAAUUGUUACUAAACUUGUAUUACAUAUCAAAUAAAUGAUACAUCUUCGAGAAGAGGGAGGCUUAAAUAGGAGCAAAUCUAUCUUUAUAUUUUUAUUAGAAUGCAAGAAUUUUGCACAUUAACUGGAAAAGAUGUUGACAGUAAAGAUGGAGAGAGAGAGAGUGUGUGCGUGUGUGUGCGUAUGUGUGUGUGUGUGAAGUAAAUUGUCAAUGUUAGUAAUUGUGCAGUGAUGGGAAAAGUUGGCAUUUUGAAGUAUUUACUAUGUAAGAACUAAUGAAUCUGAGCAGUCAUUUAUCAGUGCUUUAACAGCAUAUCAUAUGUCUUUGGAUUCAGUAGGUGUUUUUUAAAAAUUGUAAGAAAUACUGUGUAGAGAAAAAAGAAAGUAAAUUAUUUAAUAGAAUAUAGGUCACAAUUUUAUCUUGGAUUUAAUUAAAGUUUAUUUUUAACUGGAAAUUAACUUUUAAAAAGGCUGCAAGGGCCUUUAGAAAUUGAUUAUAUUUUGUUAUUAAUUUUGGGAAGAUUUAACAGCAAAUGUGUAACAUAGAAUAAGUGAAAUUGGAGAAUAUGUAAUAAGUUUUGUUUGCAGGUAACAGGACUGGAUUUUUUUUUUCUUUGCACUACUUUAUAUGCUGGAGAUUGAGAGAGACUUCAUACUGUGAAUGUUUACUAAUGUAACAGUUCAAUGACAAUCAUUGGAAGAAUGAUUUCUUUAGUCUUAUUUUAUUGUUUUCUUUUCAUUGUGUGAGACUAAUGACCAUGCAGAUAAUAUCACAUGAUUCUCUUCUCUUUUAAAACCUAAAUAACUGAUUGACAAAGGAAUUAUGAAGUAAAAUUUAGCAACUGAAUCUUUUGAAAUUGGUCUGUUACAAUGAUGCUUCUGAAAUCAUACUAUUUUAUAUAUUCUUCUGCCUUUUAACUCCAGAAUAAUUUAACCAAAGUUAAUGCAUGCACUGAAAGAAUUCUUGAAGAAAUAAGAUGCCAAGCAGCUACAGUGAUUAUGGCUUAAAAAUUUUCUAUUAAAUGUGAAACAUAAAUGCUAGAUUUAUUAAGUUUAUUUUUUUGUGCAGUUAUAUAAGAACAGAAUUUGGGGAUUAACCUCAGAUUUUUACGUUAUAUUUGCUAAAACGGAUAUAAGGAAGAAUUGUGUCAAACAUUUCAUUUCAACAUCACCACCAUCAUCUUUAUUAAAGGAAUUUAUGACACAUAUAACUGCAUUUAACUCAUGACAAAGCAUUCUAGAAUGUGAGAUAACAACUAGUGAUCAGCCUUGCACUGUUAAAUCAUCACUAGUUAUAGGUUAGAAAACUCGGAAUGCAUUAGAGGCCUUUUUCCACAAUGUUUAUUUAACUUCUAUUCUUUAUAAAAUGAUUGUCUUGGGCUCUGGUUGUUGGGGAGGGGGGAAAACAAAACAAGCAACACUGCAUACACUAUUUUGACACAUAGUGAACUCUGGUAACUGUGAGCUAAAGACAAACAAACAAACAAACAGACCUAAAAUAGCCUUUCUCAAGCUUUUUAAAAUCCAGGCCAUCAUUUCAUAAUUACAUAAAUCCUACCUCUCCUUUAAUGGUAUUUGAAAUUCAAAGUAAAUUCAACAUUAGGGUUAAAAGUAAAACUGCAUCCCCUCUCCACACUUUCCCCACCACUUGUAGAGAAACACUUUUCUAGAACACAUUUUUGAUUGUGAAGAACAAAGAUCAAUAGAAGACAAUAGAGAAUGAUAAAACAAAAUACCAUCUUACAAUAAGAUUUAAAAGAUAGUGUUUUAACACAUUUUGGAUUUGGGGCAAAAACGUAACAAGCAUCAGACUAGGGGUAAGGCUAUUUGAACUGGUUAUAAUUCAUUUUGAAAAAUCACUUAGCAUCUCUGUACUCAAAUUUCAUGAUUGGUUAAAAAGAGGGCAAAUGAAGCAUGUUACAUUACAGAGUUAUGCCAAACAAAUGAGAACAUGCAAAACAUCUGAAAUGUUGAGUUCCAUACAAAUGCCUGAUGUUAUUUCUAAAUUGUUUAAUCUUCCUCUGGGAGAAAAAGGGAUUUAGAACCCAGAAGCAUACAUCUACUUCAUUAGGAUAUUGUUAAAAUUAUGGGUAAUUGCUUUAACUCUGCAGUCCUUACAAGAAGUUGAUAUGCAGACGCAAGAUAGUCUAUUGCUGAUAGAUUCAGGCAUGCUAUAGCAUAGAAAGUUGACUCUGUGAACAACAGACCAUGUAUCUUACAAUAUAGCCAACUAGGUCAGAUUAUAUCUCAAAAUAAUUUAAGGGCUGUUCAAUAUAUAAGGGAUGUUUAUUGAACUUUCUGUAAUAGCAAUGACAAUGAUUUGGUUAUGUUUGGAAGGGAAAUGUACUGUAUUUCAUUGUUUCUAUAAUACCUCCUUUUAAAUCUGAAAGUUAUAUUAAAUUUGAUUGACAAAAGAUAUUAUAUUGAUAAUUCUGAGAAUCCAGGAAAUGUAGUCAUUUGGGGCUUACCUUUAUUGCACAUGGCUUUUUUUUUGUUUUUUCCAGGAUGAGAAGGUCAAGAAGUGACAGACCUGAGCUUUCAAACCAAAUAUUAUUAGGUCAUCUUACUAAACCCAUGGUUUCUUUCGCCCUGCAAGAUGCAUUUAUUUUAGGGUAUCUGGAUCUUGAUCCCACACUGAGAAGGAAGCUUUUAAGCCCUCAAGACUUGUAUGGGGGUACUUCUAUAUGGAACACUUCUCUUAUAAGAUAAUUUAUGAAGUGAGGACAUCUAGUGCAGUUGUGAAUUCAUAACAUUUUUCAUAGUUGAAACUAGUCAAAGUGCUUUAGAACCAUUUGUAAAAAAUGUAUACUGAUGAAUAUGCUUUCAGGAUGUAUUUGUAACUAAUUUAGGAAACUGUAUCUUAGAGGCCACUAUACACAUUUGGUUGUAAGAUAAAAGGGAAGUGACCUUCUUUAGAGAUCCUAAUUCUUGGGAUCUAGGAUCCUUUUAUUGCUUUUCAGAUGAUAAUAGAUGUUACCAAAAGCACACUCUUUGAGGGUCAUCCUAAUCAGAGUCUUUUCAAGGGUGGAUGCAUUGUUCUCUCUUGCAAAUGCUUGGAAAGGAAACUGUUAUGCAUAACAGUUAUGGGGAAGAAAGGAGGAAUAAAUAGUCCUUUUGAAUUUCUGUGAAAGGGAGCCAGUGGGUGCUAGAGGAAUGACAGCUGGUCUAGGGAGUCAAGAGAGCUGGCUUGUUAAUCGUGGGCAAAUCGUUUCAUCUCCUUGAUCCUCAGGAGUGUGUGUGUGUGUGUGUGUGUGUGUGUGUGUGUAGCUAACACUGGGGUAUUGGGCUACAUUAUUACUUGUUUCAUUUUAGUACUGCAAUUCUACUGUGGAGUAAAAGAAAUGUCAGACUAGCUUGAUAUUUUCUAAGUACCAUUCAAGUCAUAUCAGCUUGGAUUUUUUAGUAAGUAACAGGAGCAAAAAUAAAUAAAUAAAAAUAAAAAUCUCACUGUUAGGUUAACCGCAGAACAGGUGUUUGAGUUUUUUUGAAUGUAGACUAAGCUGAAUAAAUAGGAUGUAUUUUGAAGCUGUUAUUCUAACAACUUCUAAAGGGAAGGGAUUCAUUUAAUGAAAAAUAACUCUUCAGUCCUCAGUUGAAUUCAUAUGGUGAAAAUUGGUAAGUAAACAUUUUGAUGUCUUGCUUUGUUAUCAUGCAGUCUUGUCUGUAAACAGUAUUUUGACCUGUGCGAGGGAACUCAUUUUAGGCUUAAACACAUGUAGUGUUUCACAAGUGCUACUGCAUGCUUUGUCAAGUUUGUUUUAAACAGGAUCACUGAAGCUUCCUGAAAAUUUUUUCAUUAAGCAUGUGUUGAAAUAGAACCCAAUAUAUGAAUAAGAAAUAUGUAAAGAAAAUACUCUGAACUAAGAUACAUAUUUUCCCAUUUUAAAAAAGUCAAUAUUAACCAAUGGAAAAUUAUUUUUAAUCACAUUGGAAUCCCAAACAGUAGCCCCCCUACUUUCCAACAAAUCAGAAAUUGUGCUCUUCGUUGUUGUUAAUAUUCAUGGUUUGGAUGAGCCUUCAGUACUAACAUUACAGCUAUUGCUAGGGAAAGUGAGAACUACACCUAGAUUCACUUCACAUUUUUAAAAUGAACCUGUGGUGAUGUGCUCAUGUGCAGGAAACAGUGUAGCAUCCUUCUUUAUGUGUGUGUAUGUGUUUUUAUUGAUACAGUUUAAAAUGAUUACGGGGUAUCAUUCAGUGACAAAAGGGCCUGUUCCAGGAAAUCUCCUUGACCCAAAAGUCAUUCUGAAUUUUUCAAGGGACAUUUGAUGUGGAUAUAAGGUACCUUUUGGUUUUCCUGCCUGUAAAGAAACUUGACUCUAGGCACAGGAUCUUCCAGACCAAUGUAGCCGUUGCAGGUUAGAAGACAGCACGCUACUUUCUAGUAUGGAAAUCAGUAUUCCUAUUUGAGAAGAAGGUUGUUGGAGUGGUUGUGUUCAAUAUUGAAGGAGGAAGAGCUAUUUUUUGUAAUAAAUGGGAAUAUGUACUUCUGAAAAGUAAAUUAAGAUUAGGACUGUGAUAUGAGUUUUAUUUCUGGCUUGAUUUUGUUUCCAUAGCAGUCCCAAUUUCUCACAGUGUCUUCUUCAUAAAAGUAUGCUAAUACAUAUCAGACCAUAUGGCCCCAUUUGAGGUUUAGAAAAUAUGGUCACCUUAUUUAUGGAUAAAUAAAUUAAUCCCAGGGCAUAAGUUGGUUGCUUAAAAACAUGGCACAUAUUUAAUGAGCCGUGGCUCUAAGUGAGAUGCAAGCAUCCCCCUUUCAGGCCUGUGGGACAGGAAUAAAUGUAUAAGGCAAAUAAUGUGCUGAAUAUGAAGUCGUGCUGUCAUCUUGAAAAGCAUAUUCCCAGAUUCACUGGAGGUAGUGUCGCUGACUUAAGGUUCAGCUUUUUGGUCCAUUUGUUGUCACUGAUGUCUUGGAAGGAGAUUUUUGCAUCCAGGGUGCCAGGAACUAAAUGAUUUUGGUAGUUGAUCCACAAACAGUCCAUUCUUGCUUCCUACCUGCAAGCAAUCUGGUUUGUAGGUUAUCCGUAGUUGGUUUCUCAUCUGAGGCUGGCUUUACUCAGGUUCAGAAGCCUGUUGUCUUGUGUUAAACAAUCAGUCCAGAAAAGGUAAAAUUAUAAAAAGAUAAAACAAUCCGGUACAAAGAAACAACAAAAACACUAGAACUAGAAAGCCAAGCAAAACCUAAGUGGGAAGCCAAAUCUGUUGUUCAAACUGUUACAUCCACUAGAACUAAUUAUGCAGGAUUUUAGGGUAACAUUGGUCCUACCUCUUCACCAUUAGCAGAGAUAGCCAAGAGGUGACUGUUGUGAUGGAGGACAUAAAACAGAAAUAACCUGCCCCAUGAAUAUAUAGGUUAACAUUUUCUGUGAAAAUGAUAGAAAUGCCAACCUACCUUAGCAGUGGUUUUAAUAGUAGCUAUUAGGAAUGACUAAUAAAUAUGGAAGAUAUGCUGGUGUUUUUCCCAGUAAUUAGUAUUCAUUAGUAUUAUGUGGAAAUGUACUUGGAUUGUUUCUCAUGAUUCUGUACAUCAAGGGCUAUUUCAAAGUCAAAGAGCCUGAAGGCAUUUUUAUUCACAGCUACUUAAGCUAUUGGCUGUUGAGGGGCCAGUUACCUCUUAAAUCAGUCAAAGCAGUUAAAUAAAUAGUCCCUGUGGAUAUCAACAAAAGCUGUGUCAGUGCUAAGUCUAAGAAUUAUAUUUGUUUCAAAAUAAUUAUAUGAAUGUAUAAUAUAUUCAUAUGUUAACAUAUAUUAUGUAUUUUACAUUCUGCCAACAAAUAUAAGCAAAAUGAAUGAUCUGAGGUAUUGAAAGAGACUUCUCAAAGUGAAGUAAAAGUGUAUAAUUCUCAUUAGUAGGAAAAUGCAUGUGUUUUGGAGAAAUGGUGAGGCUGGAGGAUUAAAAAACCUUUCUUUACACUUUAGGUUGGAUUUUUGUGCCCUAUAACCACAAUAAUACUAGUCCUAAGCUCUGAGACAUUCCAUAAGGGUAUAUAGUUUCAUUCCCAGAAGACAGGGUUAAUUUUUAUGCUUUAUGGAACAUUGCAAAAUGUUGAUUUUAUUUUUUUAAUGCACAUUAUUCUCAUUAUAUAAAGGAUGCAUAUAGCAUGGAAACUAGACUAUAUGACCUGUAGAACUACUGUGUGCUCUUUAGAAAUAGAAUUACUAGAAGCCAUUAUCUUUCUGUAUUUUUUGUGGUAGCUUUUGUUUGAUGUGAAUUACUUAAUUCUCUCAGAUUCAAUUGCCCCAUUAAAAGUUUCAGGUUAUUUUUGCUUUUGGUGAAUGUUCCAAUAUCUUUCUUAGCCUCUGAGGGCACACAAACAACCAUUCAAUAGUUGGAAAAUAGCAUAUCUCUUGGAGAUUAAGGUGAUAUUACCUGAACUCUCUCUAUGAUAGCAGCCACAUUAGUUAACAUGGAGGAUGCAUGUUUUUCUAUUUAUAAACUUAAUGCACUUGUACCUGAAUAGAAUGAUGAUUUCCCUAAAGAACACUAAUGUUGUUGAUAGCAUCUGAGUGAGCCUUUUUUCCUCCUGUCAAUUGGUAGGGAUCAUGAUCCAAAUGAGGCUUUCAUUUGCUAUCAGGCAGAGAAGGAAAUAAUUAAUGAAGCUCCCACUGAACUGAAAUCUAUCAAGAAGUGAUGGAAUCUCUAGGGAAUGCAUUAGAAUUUUUAUUUAUUUACUUGCCAUUCCUAGUUGGUGUCAUUAUGGCAUGACUGUUGGGGAAAGAUAUUAAUUUUAGGAUCAUUUACCUAAUACUAAAAUGACUUGAUAAAAAGCAAUUCAAAAUUAUAAGUAUUGCACUAUCUUAUUAGCUUUAGGAAUAUUUCCAAAAAUUUUAAGAAUUUAAUUUGAGAUUUGGAGAUUGCAAUAGUUAUUUGGAGAGAGAUGUAUCCAAAGAAUAAUGAUUCAGUUUUUCAGAUUUCUUGAGAAAUCUGAGUUUUAUAAGCUUUGCAAGAGAGACUCAAAAAGUCUCUCAACUUUCAAAAAUUUUGCUGCAACCCUGUCACAUUUCAGAAUUCCUCUUGAGAGGAAAAUGGUACCUCCUUUACUUCUUUUGUGUGUGUGUGUCUUUUUCACAUUCAUGAUUAAAUUGGUGGAUUUUAUAUAAUCAUUAUCUUCUAGCAAAUUAAGUGAAAGACUUGGCUACAGAUUGAUUAGAGGAUGACAAGAUUGUCUGAUAGUCUUUCUUUGCAACAUUUGCUGUUGAUCAGUUUAGAAGCUGAUCUCAUUAUAUGUGAAUUACAACACAGAGAAAUGGCUAUGUACUAUACUAUAUUAGAAUCUAAAUGACAAAGCAUGAAUAUUAGGAAUAGGAUUUCCUUUUGAGUUCCUAGAAGUGUUAUUAGAGCUCUUGACCCAUGUCCUCCAGAUCCUAUCUAGCCAAUGAGAAUUUAGCAAAUUCCUUUUUUUUUUUUUUUUCGUAGAGUAGUGACAAGAUAUAACCAGGAUCAGUGCCAGUUGGGAGAUAGGGACAGGAGCAGGGAGGUAAGCAAGGUACAAGGAGUUAUGCCUAAAUGAAGUCACUAAUUUGAUGGUGCAAAUAGCUAGGUCAGUCUAAAAACUGCUUCAUUUUGUCAUGCUAACUAUUAAUUUUUGUUAAACCAAAGAAUCCAGGAAAUUGAAUUAAUCUCUUAGAGUAGGUAUAUAUGUGUAUAUGUCCAAAUGUUCCCUUUGUUCUUUGUCUUCGAGGGCACUGACAUAUGAAACCAUAAAACUGCUGCUGGGAAUUAAAACUAUAUGUCUCAUUAAGGAUAAGAUUCACCUUUCCCUUUGGAGUAAGGGACUCAUGUCUUUAGGAGAUUACCACUUAGACAUUUACGUUUCAAAGGGAGAGAAUUCUCCCCCUUACUCUAAUACAGAAUGUCAGCAUGGCAGUACAUUCAAGCUAAGAUAGAAGUAAGCAACCAGUAGAAGCCCUGAGAAUGAAUGUCACUAACACAGAGCUGAAUGUUGUGUUUAUGUUGGUUAUUGCUGGUGCUCAAUUCUUAGAGGAAUGGAAAAAUCAUAAAAUUUGUGCAACCUAAUUAGAACUCUGCCAUCAUAUGCUCCUUGCUGAUUUAGCUGCUGCUGCUGCUUCUCAUCCACACAGAAAAGAGGUGUCAUUUCACUACUAGAAUCCACAUACUUCACAGGUUUCAAGGCAGUGUGAGAAACAGUGGAGAAAGAAAGGGUUAGAUUCGAUAGAUAAGGAUGAAGCAGCAGCAUACAGUAUUUUAAGGUGUGAAUCAUCUUGUGACACGAGACUAUUUUUACUCACUCAAGGGACUAAGCAGAAUCUUUGGAUGGGAGAAGCUCUGUUCAGGAAUUACCAUUUCCUUUUUGUAUGUCUAUAGUAUCACUAUUAGAGAUCAGUCUAGUCUAGCAAGGGGAUACAUUCUUCCGUCAUUGCUAAAACAAACUGAAAAUUACAUGUUGGAAACAUUUUUUUUCCUUAUUUCGGUUAAGAAAAAUUGUAGUUGUUUUAUAAGCUUUGCAAGAGAGAUUCAAAAAGUCUCUCAACUGUCAAAAUUGUGCUGCAACCCUGUCAGAUUCAGAACGAAAUUCAAGGUAGGAGAGUCUAAUAGAACUUCAGACCAAAUAUAAAGUUGUUCAAAAUAAAGUAUCCAGAGAUCUCCUUCCAAUCUCUUCCCCCAUGUAAGUUUUUGUUUGUUUGUUUGUUUGUUUGUUUUUGUUUUUGUUGUUUUUUAACUGCAGAUCUAGACAUGUAAAAUGUUUGGUUUUCCACUUUCCCUCCAGCUUAUCUCAUCCCAUUCACCUUUGCAUCAACAAAAGCCCAGAUCAGGAAGGCUUUUGCAGUCCCUGUUUGCAGAUUUCUCAGGGAGAGAUUUUUAUGUGUGAUUCGGGUAGACAUCUUCCCAUUUUAUAAAUCAGGUCAUGCCAGUGCAUAUCCAGAAAGCUUCUACAACCACCUGCAAUGUGGGUCUGUUAUGUUCUGUUGUUAUGUUAGCUAUUUUCUGCCUAUUACUGAACAGCUGGGAUUUUAGAAACAGCUGGAUGAUUAGUUGUGUUUUUUCCAUUUUUCACCCAGAUGCUUUAUUACUGUGUAGAAACAACCCCAAUGUGGAACAACCUGGGAGUAUAAUAGCAAAAAUCUGCUCUGAUGCAACUGUUGUUAUUAGGAAUUGAAUCAAGAAAAUUACGGGCAAACAGUUUUGACUAUUGUCUGCUUUACAAACAUGUUUGAUACAGCAUUCUCAUUUCCAUUUCUAGGCAAAAUGGUUUGAUUUAGCAACUUUAAAAUGCCUCUUCCAUUAUUCCUUAGACUAUCGAAGCUAUGCUUUGGCUGUUAACGUUUAUUUGCUUAAGGAGAAAUGUCUAUACACAAUGAGGCAGCACCUGAGUUUUCCGUUCACUGCUGGCAAGAGGAGCUGACAGAGGCAGGCAAGCGACAGUCCUCUCACUCGCCACAGUCUAUUUUUAGGUUGGUUCCUUUGUGGCUGACUUCAGCCCUGAUGGGAUGGAUUGACAUUCAAAGACAAUAAAUACUUUAUUAUGACGAUUUGCAGAUUUAUAAAACUGGAUGGUAUUGUGAAAGCGACAAAUUUAAUUCAGGUGCUGUUAGUUGGUUCCUUACCCAGGGCUAAAAUUAGAAUAAAAAAGAUGCGUAGACGCCUUUUCCUUUUCUAAUUAUUCUUUCAACAGAUGUUUGUUAAGCUUGUACUAGCUGGCUAGGCUGUGUCAUGUACCCAAUCUCUAGAUGUACUAAAAUUUCAGAGAAUUACAGUUCAUGUAAGGAUUUUUUUUGAGAUAUAUAUUCAUUUUUCUAGAUAGCAGGAUUCUUGUUUAUUAUGAUGAUUCCUUUUUCCCCCUUUAGAAUCUGUAUGUGUGGCUAGGUCUGCUUUCUCCUAGGGGAGUGAAUUGCCAGGCAUCAUGCUUUAAUAAUACUUCCUUUUUAUAAGUUCUAUCUUGUUUCUGUUAUGUGCUUCAUUUUCUGUAAUAGCUUCUGUAUAAACUGCAGAGUAAAUGGGCCUGAAUCCAACUUGCCAAUUUUUUAUGAUUCUUGCAUGAGCAAGAACAAUACUCAGUGUUUUCAAAUAGCAGAGGUGAUUAUAUGAACCGUAUUUACUCCUUUUCAUUCCUGUAAUGCAUUUCUUCUAUUCACUAACAUGUGAUUAAACUAUAACUCAAAGAAAGAAGCAGAUUUAACUGAAAUAUUAAACAUUUGUAAAGCAAUAAACAAUCUUUUUUUUUUAAUUUCAAAGUAAUUUGCUAUGACCAUGGUUCUUCUUUCCACACAAAUAUAUAUAUAUAUAUUUUUAAAUAAUAACCAUCUGUAUCUUUCUAUUUGGGAAAGGUUUGAGUGCCAUUGAUGAUUCCUUUACAAAUUCUGGCUUGACUAAAAACCUGAAUUUAUUUCUUGGAUGCAUGUGGAAAGGUUUGUUCUUUUUGUGGAUAUUCCUACUACCUGGGCAAACCAAAUGGAAUUGCGUUAAUUACGUGGCUAAGUUAGGACAGUUGAGGCCAACUUUAGGGAUUUUUCCGAGGUGUCUUCUAUCUGCACUGAUCGAUUUCAAAGGUGUUUGCUCAGGUUUCCGUUUGCUUUCAAGAUAAUGUCUGAUACAUUAAGUUAAAGUUAAGGCUUUACCAUUUGAAAUACAGUUGUAAUAACAUUUUUAGCUGUCCCCAACUAGCUUUAAUUUCUUAAGAACAACUUGAACUUCUAUGAAAUGUAUUUUAAAAAACACUUUGUUUGUUUUCUGAGUGUUUCAGGACUUAUAUUAGAGUCCCUGGCUUUUAGUCUUCAUUCAAGCCAAACAGCCAUGAUCUUUAAUUGAAGCUGCUUCUAUUGGAAGCCAAAACAAUUGGUGGAGUCAGUGAAGAAAAGAAAAAAAAA